AUGCCUCUGAACCCUUAUGCACCGCUAUACCAAACCAGACAGAACUACUAUUAUUAUACCUACAAUCCUGUUUGGCUGGUACCCAGUGUUCAUUUUGAGCCACUGCCAGUUUCUUCCUUGGUUCCUUGUGAGCCAGUGCCAAUUUCUUCCUUGGUUCCUUGUGAGCCACAGCCAGCUGGCCCUUCUUCUUCUACAAAUCUCCAUUUUCCAAGGUCAUCAGGUCCAGCUUUAAGAGGGAAAAGGUUGCAGCAUAACAAGUAUAAGGGCAAAAAUGGGAGGGCUUGCGGACCAAGGAAGAAGCUUGAUCUUGAUAGUGGACGUGGAAAAUGUGUGCCGAAAAACAAACAGAAGCUGCAAGCAGAAGAGAAGAAUAUGGAGGCUUCGAGUUCAGAGCACAAAAAUGGCGGUCCUGUUAUUCCUUUUCCUCCAACCUUUGACCAGUCUACAACCACUGUCAUGGUCAAGAACAUCCCUUAUCAGUUUGGGAGGAAUACUUUACUGGAAAUACUGAGCUGGCAUUGUUUUGAAGUGAACCGAGGCCUCCACUCUGAUCCAAACAAGUCCAAGUUCGAUUUUGUUUAUCUACCCAUAGAUUUCGAGAAAAUCUGGAAGAAGAAGACUAUUUCAAAUCUGGGUUACGCAUUUGUGAAUUUUACAACUCCAGCUGCAGCUCACAGAUUUUGGGUGCAUUUUCAAAACCGGGAGUUGAGAGAAAACAAUUCCAAAAAGACUUGUGAUGUUAAAAGCGCCAAAUUCCAGGGCAAGGCAGCUCUUUUGGAAAAGUUCAAGAACAAGAUGUUUUGGUGUGAAUCUGCAGAGUGCUUGCCCGUGGCUGUGGAACCUGCAUGCGACGGUUCCAAUUGGUAUCAAGUAUUCCCUGUUGGAAAUCUUACUGGUGUGCCACCUUACAAGUCUUAG